CUAUCUCCCAGACGAUCGCAAUGAUCGUCGAACGGAUUGCUACACUUUGCGUACCCUCCGUGUCUUGGGCUGGCUCGGCAGAAAUGGGGGAUGACUGUUCGUGCCUCCUCACACCUGCUGCAGUCAUUGUCCGCCUCUUGGCUCCUUGCGACUCGCACUCUCGCCUCCUGCUGUCUCCUCUUCCGCCCUCAGGUUGCUCGAUGGACGGCGGAAGGAGCUUGGCAUGGUGACGGUGGCAGUCGUGCGGGUGACACGGAGGAGUCGCUUUGCUUGAGCCAAGACCGACCCCCUACUAGACCUGCAACAUCGGCGAGGAUAGACGGUCUCUUACGCUCUGCAAAGCAGGAUCGAGGUUGUUUGUGUAGAACGCUUCAGGCACCAGCCAACGCUUUCUAUAUCACAUGCAAUGCCUAUUAAUACAAAUGACAACAGACCCAGCCCCCCAAGAACGCCAUGAUCAUCAAUCCCAGACAGCUAGCAGCAGUAAUCGCCCGGUAGCAAGGAUCCCAUAUAC